ACGGCAAAUUACAAUCAGUUCCCUUAGAUGAUGGAUUUACAUUUUGCAUCUCGAACCUAGUUAUCUGAUUUUCUCGACCAUUACAAAACGACACAAAUGUCAUGGGUACUUAAUAGCGUAGUAUAUUACUGGCGUAAUCAAGUAAUCCAAUACUAACAUCCCCUGGUUACGCAGUACUUGGGUCGUCGACAGGGGAAAUUUGGAUUUCCUGUGUUUGUUUAUUUAAUUGCUUGAUUUGCUUCCCCUCGCAUAUAAAGUAGGACUUGGUGAAAUCAUUUGCACAGCACACAGUCUCACAAUAGCAUCGUAUAGAGAAGACAUUUGCACGAAGAAGAAUUAGCCAAACUCUGAGAAGAAAAAAUUCAAUUUACAACGUCUACAUUCGGUUAAAGUCUGGCAUCAAACCUAACUCAGAGAGAUUCAAAAUGCAUCUCCUAGAAAUUUUCGUUUUGAUGACCGUUCUGUUACCGAUCGUAAUAUCAGCGGAAGAUGUAGACACUCGGAAGAAACGAUCAGUAUCCUACGCCGUUGAGGGUUGCUACUCCUCAUUUUCAAACGUGGGUCUAAGAAAACGAAUGCGGGGCCACAACUCCAACGUAAAGUGCCAAGAAGUAUGCAGGGACAAGGGUUACAUUUUGGCGGCGACGAAUGGAGAUAAAUGUCUGUGUGGAAACGUGUAUCCCAAAGGAAAAAAAGUCGCUGAUAGUCAAUGCACCGCCAGAUGUCGAUCGUGGUCGCCCUGUCAAGGACCUCAAAGCUGCUGCGGUGGACCCAGUGCUUAUUCUGUGAGCGUCGUUGGCAACAUUGAUGUCGCGAAACAAGUUCUUCGUAGACUAAGUCACGAGUGGCAGACGAACAAGAAGUACAGAGAUCACAUGAGAAAUUUUGUUGCAAUAGGCAAAAUUCCAAGAAAGAUUGGAAACCAUGUAGAGAAAUGGAAGAAAUCUUUUAACAAAAAAGGUUGGUCGCAAUGCGGAAAAGACAGGUACAUGACGGGAUUAUAUAGGAAGAAGAAAACAAAAAAUGACCCUAUUUCCCUUCUCGAUCAGGCAAAGUGUUCCGAUGUUCCUGGCCUUCUGUAUUUAACAAAAAAUGAUCGGGAUUGUUAUAACCACAAUUGGAAGAAAAGUUUCGACAAAAAAGGUUGGUCGACAUGCAAAAACGGUUACUACAUGACGGGACUCUGGCGAAAUUCGGGAAAUAAAUUAGACAAAAUCGAACAAGCCAAAUGCUGCCGACCAAAGUUCCAGGUGAAAAAAUGGGGACAUUGUUACAAUCAAAAUGUCCAGAAAUCGUUCGGUAGCAAGGGAUGGAGCAGUUGUAAAAGUAGAUACUACAUGGCGGGGUUAUACAGGAGCUCGUGUAACAAAUUAAGCUGCUUGGUUAAAUUUAAAUGCUGCAAGAUGGGAGCUUACAAUGAAAAUUCGUGGGUAAGCAAACCUGACCUUGUGAUAAAAGUUAAAGAUACUUCCGGACAGCUCAAGCAGUGCUCAAUUAAUUCGAUGGAUAAAUCUGCUGAUAGCAACACAUACAAAUGCAACACUAUUUCCGAUCGCUCCGACAUUUUGGCACUCAAUGCUGCGAGUUUCAACAUCGAAGAAAAAUCGCCACUGAACGUCGCCGCACCUCAACCAGUCAAAGGUUUCCGUCCAGUCAUAUGCUCCGCUCAUCCUAAUCCAUACAAGUGCACGAAGUGGCUCACGACAUCUGUAUCAACUUCAUCCAGCUUCAAAAUCGGUUCAGGAAUCUCUGUGGCGGUAAAAGUUGGGGCAUCUGUGGAAGUCAGUGCAGGAUUCUUUGGCACAGGAGCGAAAAGCACCUUUACAACUGAAGUCACGACCACAGCCUCUUUUAAUGUCGAAUCCAGCAAGACGAAUACGUACACGACUACGGAUAAGACGGAUGUUUCCAUUGAAGUGCCGAAAAACACUGAAAUCACCAUCAACCUUCUCAGAACUGUUGAGGACUUGGAGUACAAGUGGAAUGCAACAUUUGAGUUGUUGGGAAAAUAUUUUGCUAAAUGGAGCAAUGGUAAGCAAGUCUCUCAAGAUGUGACGACUGUGCUAUCUGGGUCGAAAAGACAAAUGUACGUAUUUGGGAGUUGGAAUUACCCGAGCAGAGAUGUCUUGAGAGUGGUGAUCUCUGACAAGUAUGGGAAUAAGAAGUCUGACGGAUGUGAGCAUGAGGCAGGAAAAGGAGAAAAUUGUGAUUUGUGAGGAAGACAACAUAUGAACAGGUUUUGUGAACUUUAUAACAUUUACUAAAGUAUUCAGUCGCGUCAUUUUGAACAUUUAGAGUGAGACGUUUAGGUCAUCAAUAUUGUAGCUAAGAUAUAGUCGAACGCUUUUUGUUAGAAGAUUUUUUCUUUGUUAAUUAACUUGGAGAAA